AUAAUUAAGAUUAAACAAUUUUUAAAAGAAUUAAUAAUGUGAUUAGUAACCAGAAUAAUAUUUUGUCUCGCACUAACUGAAUGCGGUGGUUUCUCUUAAACUUUACGUAGCGGAGAUGAACGUAAAACAGAUAUCUAAAAAGAGAAAAUUUGUGGCUGAUGGUGUGUUCCGUGCCGAACUGAACAAUUUCCUCAUGAAGGAAUUGUCAGAAGAUGGCUACAGUGGUGUUGAAGUCCGUGUAACUCCCACCAGAACCGAGAUCAUUAUUUUGGCCACCAGAACCCAGAAUGUUCUUGGAGAGAAAGGACGACGGAUCAGAGAAUUGACAUCUGUUGUACAGAAACGGUUUCGUUUCCCAGAAGGUUCAGUUGAGCUGUAUGCUGAAAAAGUGGCCACCCGUGGUUUGUGUGCCAUAGCUCAAUGUGAAUCAUUACGAUACAAAUUAAUUGGUCAGCUACCAGUAAGAAGAGCUUGCUAUGGUGUCCUUCGUUUUAUCAUGGAGUCUGGAGCUAAAGGCUGUGAGAUUGUCGUGUCUGGUAAAUUGCGGGGUCAGAGAGCCAAAUCUAUGAAAUUUGUUGAUGGUUUGAUGAUCCACAGUGGUGACCCAGUAAAUGACUAUAUCGAUACAGCAGUCAGACAUGUGUUACUUCGGCAAGGUGUGUUGGGAAUUAAAGUGAAGAUUAUGUUACCAUUUGAUCCCAAUGGCAAGAUAGGACCUAAACGUCCUCUACCAGAUCAUGUUAGUAUUGUUGAACCAAAAGAAGAAGUAAUAGUACAGACCCCAUACAGUGAACAUAAAGGAGUUAAACCACCUGCAGAAGCUCCCCCAGUUUCAUCAUAAAGUGGGCUCCAAAAGCUGAUUUUAUGGAUAAAUAAACGAUUUGGAAGAGUUUAAAA